UAAUAAAACACAUAUACAGAUUAGAGAGAAAUAAAAAACGCCCAUGCUCAAAAACGGAGAUAGAGAAAUUCGCUAAAAAAUUCCUUGUUCAUCGCUGAAACCUUGGAUCAAGGUAUGUAUUUGAACACAAAUCCGUUCACUCAACACUCAUAGCUGAUGUGAAUUUGUUCAUAGCCCUAAAAAUCACUGUGUUCAGAGUCCUAAUUGUCGUUCUUCACAUCAUUCAGAGCCCUAAAAUCGCUGGAACAGAAAUUGGAGGAUUCGAGGCUAUGAGAAAUGAAGAUUCAUCUGGGACUGGUUAAGAGGAGCUGAAGGUGCAAUAGUGAGAAGGAUUUCGGUUGUGGCAAGGGUUGAGAAGAAACGAAGAAUGAUCUUACUAAUACAAGGAUUAACAAUUGCUUUUUCCUACAGGAGUUUCUCUUAAACUCGUUUUCGUUGCUCUAACUAACAGUAAAUGAGACUUAAUAUGUAGUAAAUAAUCCUAUUUGCAUGAUGCAUAGUUAUAUGGUUGCUGUAAUCUAGUCUGUGUAUGGUUGUUAAAUGUUAAAAAUAUUUAAUUUUAUAUGUUCCUCUUCCCUUAUUGCAGUUUACAUGUUUACAAAUAGCCAAAGGCAAGAAGAGCGCACCGGAAAAUAUGGGACUCCAAGGGUGAAGUACCUUCAGGAAUUGGUGAAUCAGUUUCAGAAUGCUUCUGCUGAAGAGACAAAAGAGAAGAUCGUUGCUAAUUUGGCGAACUUUGCAUAUGAUCCUUUCAACUUUACCUUUUUGCGCCAGCUUAAUGUUAUAGAACUUUUUCUCGACUGUUUAACUGAGCCUAGUGAGAAGCUUGUGGAAUUUGGGAUUGGAGGAAUCUGCAAUGCUUGUUCCGAUCCAGCUAAUGCUGCUCUUGUCACUCAAAAUGAUGGUAUCCCUCUCGUCAUCCAGUGUUUGUCAAGUCCUGUUAGGAACACGGUGAAUUACGCUCUAGGAGCAUUGUAUUAUCUAUGCAAUGCAUCAAACAAGGAAGAGAUCUUAAAGCCAGAAGUAAUUGAUGCAAUCAAGAGUUAUGCAGCUGCAGGUGGAGUUAGUACAAGCUUCAGUAAUUUAGCUCAGGCUUUCUUAGAUCAACAUGUUCCUCAGCUUAAUUAAAAUGCAGGAAAUAAAAGAUUAUGUUGUAAAAUUAUAUUUGAGCGGAUGAUCUAUCGCAAAUAAUUUAUUACUUCCAAUUCAUUAUAUUUUCAAAAA